GGGAAAAGGGGCGGGGCCGGGCGCCAUGGGGGCGGCGGGGACCGCCCUCCUGCUGCUCGGCCUGGGCGGCCUCCUCGCCGUCCCCGACGACUGGGGCUUCUCCUCCUCCGAGGUGGUCAUCCCCCGGAGGCUGACCCCCCGCGGCGGGGAGGCCGGGGAGGCCGAGGAGCCCGGCCGGCUGUCCUACCUGCUGCCCCUCGAGGGCCGGAGGCACGUGCUGCACCUGCGGCCCAAGAAGCUGCUGCUGCCCCGCCGCCUGCCUGUCUUCACCUUCACGGCCCGGGGGGAGCUGCUGGAGGAGCAGCCCUACGUGCCCCAGGGCUGCUACUACCGCGGGGCCGUGGAGGGCGCCCCGGACUCCCUGGCCACCUUCAGCACCUGCUUCGGGGGGCUGUGGGGGAUGCUGCAGCUGCAAGGCCGCCUCUACCAGGUGGAGCCCCUGCCGGCCUCCGCCACCUUCGAGCACCGGGUGUCCCGGCUGGUCGAACGGCCGCCGGGCAACCUGACCUGCGGCCUCACCGACGAGGAGAUCGCCCACCAGGCGGCCCAGUUCCGGCCGCCGGCCUCUUUCCGGCAGGUCGACUGGCACGACGCCUACAUACACCCCAAGUAUGUGGAGCUGGCCGUGGCGGUGGACAACGGCAGGUACAAAUUCAGGAAAAACAAUAUUUCUGCAGUUAUCCAGGAUACAAUUCUCCUAAUCAGCUUGGUUGACUCGUACUUUGCUCCCUUCAAAGCUCACAUAUCCUUGAAGGCUCUGGAGAUCUGGAAUGACACUGACAAAGUCAAAGUUAUUAACAGAACUGUUAGACAAAUCUUGACUGAUUGGACAGCUUAUCAAAGCAAAGAGAUCUAUCCUCGGGUCCAACAAGACUUUGCACAUCUGUAUGUGUUUAGUAUUGCUGAUACCACAGGGACUGCCAAUCUAUACUCAAUGUGUAAAAAAACUAAAAUGGCAUCUCUAAGCAUGCUACCAGGAAACAAUCUAGUUGGACCAUCAAAGUGGACUGCUCAUAAGUUGGGUCAUAGCUGUGGCAUUGUCCACGAUGGAGCCUAUUGUUGGUGUGGAAGAAGUCUUUGUAUAAUGAAUGCCUUUGGCCGUUUUGAAGGUGGUUUCAGUAAUUGCAGUUUUGACAGUUAUUUCGUCUACACACAAAAGCGCACAUCCUGUCUCCUUAAUUUUCCAGGAUUGGGAUUUGUGGUAGAGAGAUGUGGUAACAAAGUGGUGGAAAGCGGAGAGCAGUGUGACUGUGGAUCAGCGAGAGAGUGUAAGGAAGAUCCCUGCUGCUUGCCAAACUGCACGUUGAGACCUGGGAUGCAGUGCCUUUCUGGGCCGUGCUGCAGACGAUGCCAGUUUCUUCCGGCUAAAGAAGUCUGUAGACCGAAGAAAAGUGAAUGUGAUCUUGAAGAGUUCUGUAAUGGGACCUCAAAUCUGUGCCCCAGUGAUAUGUACAUCCAGGAUGGGACUCCAUGUAGUAGCAAUGCAGUUUGCUACCGUGGUACUUGCCAUUCCCACCUUGAGCGGUGCAGAUCCAUUUUUGGGAAAGAAGCCAAGGAGGCUCCUUUACCCUGCUAUGAUGAGGUGAACUAUCAUGGUGACCGGUUUGGAAACUGUGGCUAUGAGCAGGAAUAUUAUCUGUUUUGUGAAGGUGAUUCUACACUGUGUGGAAGAGUGCAGUGUGUCAACGUGCAGACCAUUCCCUCUAUGCCAGAGCAUACGACAGUCAUUCAGACUCAUUUGAAAGACCGCAAUAUCACGUGCUGGGGAACAGAAUACCAUUUAGCAAUGGGUACACUGGGACUCAGUGAUAUCGGAGAUGUCCAAGAUGGCACCCUCUGUGGCUCUGACUUGAUAUGCAUUAACAGGACCUGCCACGAACUGUCUCUCCUCAAUUUCAACUGUAAACCUGAAAAGUGUAACCAUCGAGGAGUGUGUAACAACCAGAAACACUGCCACUGCGAUUUUGGCUGGGCCCCUCCAUUCUGCGAGACUCCUGGGGAUGGAGGGAGCAUUGACAGCGGCCCUGCAGGCAAACCCUUGGCUGAUGAGGUGAUGAUCCAAAUUUGGCUUGCUUUCCUUCUCCGGAUCAUCCUUUUUAUGGCCUCCUUGAUCUUAACAAAGUUGAUAAAAUUGAGAAAGAAAGCACUUUUAAAAUAAAUGGAAAGUAAACUCAAGGAAAGCCAGAAAUCUAAUCUCAGAAAGUUUUGGAAAAGGACAAGAUUGUAAAGAUGAAUGUUUCUCUAGCAAGCUUAUGAAGAUGCUACAGUAAGCCCCUAAUCUGUGACAAUCAUACCAAGUAAUUUUUGUUCUCAGAAUUUAAAAAAAGCUGGGUUUCGUGGUUUUAGGUGUUUUUGAACAGAAAAUGAAAAUAAAUUUUUUGUUGUGAUCGACUGAAA